AUGCCAGGUGUCUCCACGCACACCUGGUCACUGGUGGCCUCACUGAGCGCCUGGCCCGCCCUGGCCUCACCCGGCCCGCGCUCUCCUGGUGGAGGCCUCCUCUCAGCGCUGGUGUUAGACUGUCAGGCUGCUGCGGAGGGGACAGGGCAGAGCAACCAGGAGCACGGAGCCCCACCUGCCCGCAGGCCUGCCGUUGCCUGGGCCGGAGCCCUGGGCCCCCGGGCACUGCGACCUCACCAGUGUGAUAGGGCCCCUGGGAGUCCCAGUCGCCCAGCCACAGGGCGUACACGGGGCUCUCCAGGAGGGUCACGAGCCUAG